AUGGCCCUCAUCUGUCUCAUUUCUACCCACGACGUACCCCCAGCGACCCUCUCACGCAUCUUAAUUACUGCAUACAAGCAUUCUGUCCAGCUUGAUGGAUAUCCAACACUUCUCCUCCUCUCCUCGGCCAAAAAAGAAUCUCUCACCGGGUCUUUACACCCAACUUCUCCCCCUAUAGAUCCAUCAGUCAAAUCAUCCUUCAUUGGUUGGAGCGCCGAACAAAUCAAACAACAUCUCAUCGACAAUGCGGACGACGACCGGAUAAAUACUCACCUUUUCUUAGUGGCAGAUGAAAGAACUGUGCACGACGAGACCUUGCUGCUCGUGGAGUAUUCCAGCGAUGGCGAGGAGGCAAGGCUAGAUACCGUGCGUAUUGCUGCGGAGGAGGCCAAUGCAAAGGCAAUCUGUGUUGAUGUCGGCGUCAUGAGUGUUAGGGAGCUGUCUGGGGAUAUCGAUGUGGAUGGUGCUUAUCGGCCGAGGUCGACGCCGCAGAGGGGUGGAUCUGCGCCUCGCAAACAGCUCUAG